ACGAAAGUGAGGAGAACGGUAGGAAAAUAGCACACUCAACUCACACAAAACCUUAAAAGAAUUAAUCCCAACGUCACACACUCAACACGAGUUCAGAACGGGAAGUAGAAAAAUCUUCGAAUAGAAUCUGAGGAAUGCAACAUCCACUGACUGCAGUAAUAGAGCUUGAAAGAUCAAAUACAAUUUUUGAUAUAACUCAGACUGGAUUCAUCUAAAAGAAGAAAUUCAUAUACACCCAGGAUGCUUUGGCGAACUGAACAUAUUUAAGGAGACAGAAGAUUACAGGCCCUACAAUGAGUCUCUAUGAGGAGAGAGAGGAGGACAAUGUUCACUAUCAGAACAACAGAGCAGCAUCUCCAGAGCCCAGCUGUGUGUCUAUGAAAAGUGAUCAAUCCAUGCCACAUUCUCCUAACUUCAGCGAUAGAUCAGUGAUCUUUAACCCCAGUGACACAGAGAACAAGAGAGCAGCAUCUCCAGAGUCCAGCUAUGUGUCUAUGAGGAGUGAUCAAUCCAUGCCACAUUCUCCUAACUUUAGUGAUGGAUCAGUGACCUUUAACCCCAGUUACACCGAGAACAAGAGAGCAGCAUCUCCAGAGUCCAGCUGUGUGUCUAUGAGGAGUGAUCAAUCCAUGCCACAUUCUCCUAACUUCAGCGCUGGAUCAGUGACCUUUAACCCCAGAGAUAAGACUGAAGACCUGCAGCAGGAUUCUCACCAACCAGAUGAUCAACUACGGAGAGUCAAAGACCAGCACAAAACCCGCAUGAGGAACAAGUAUGAGAGAUUAUUUGAGGGGCUGAAACUCCAGGAGAAUGAAAGCCUCCUGAACAGCAUCUACACACAGCUCUACAUCAUAGAGGGAGAGAAAGGAGGAGUAAAUGAAGAACAUGAGUUUUUAUUGAUGGAGAAAACAGCCAGAACCCAACACUCACAAGACACUCCAAUCUACUGCAAUGACAUCUUUAAAGUCUCAGCUGAACCAGGAAGUGAGGAGAAAGAGCAAAUCAAGACAGUUCUUACUAAAGGCAUCGCUGGAAUCGGAAAAACCGUCUCUGUGCAGAAGUUCAUUCUGGACUGGGCCGAGGGAAAAGCCAAUCAGGAUGUAGAUUUCAUGUUUGUGCUUCCAUUUCGAGAGCUGAACUUGAUCCGAGAUCAUCAGUACAGUCUUCACAGACUUCUGCUGGACUUUCAUCCUGAACUUCAAAAUCUGGACUCACAGAUUUAUGAGGAGUGUAAAGUUGUGUUCAUCUUUGAUGGUCUGGAUGAAAGCAGAAUCACACUGAUGUUUUCAGACACUCAGAAAGUCUGUGAUGUGACUGAGACUUCAUCAGUGGCUACGUUGAUGUCAAAGCUCAUGAAAGGAGAGCUGCUUCCCUCUGCUCUCAUCUGGAUCACCUCCAGACCAGCAGCAGCCAGUCAGAUCCCCUCCAAAUACAUCAAUCGUCUGACAGAAAUUGAUGGAUUCAAUGAUCCUCAGAAGGAGGAAUAUUUCAGGAAGAGAAUCAGUGACCAGCAUCAAGCCACCAGAAUCAUUUCACACAUCAGAAGAGCAAGAAGCCUCUACAUCAUGUGCCACAUCCCCGUCUUCUGCUGGAUCUCAUCCACUGUGCUUCAGAAGCUCCUGGAAGAAGAUCUGAGUGCUGAAAUCCCUCAAACUCUGACUGAAAUGUACAUCCACUUCCUGCUGAUUCAGAUCAACAUGAGGAACCAAAAGUAUGAAGAGAGAGAUCCAGAGAAUCUCCUGCAGUCAAACAGAGAAGUGAUUGUAAAACUUGCUGAAGUGGCUUUCAAACAGCUGAUGAAGGGCAAUGUGAUGUUCUAUGAGGAGGACCUGAUUGAGAGCAGCAUAGACCUCACUGAUGCCUCAGUGUAUUCUGGGAUUUGCACUGAGAUCUUUAAGGAGGAAUCAGUGAUACAUCAGAGGAAAGUGUACAGCUUCAUCCAUCUGAGCAUUCAGGAGUUUCUCGCUGCUUUCUGUGUGUUUCACUGCUAUUUGAUGAAGAACAUGGAGCCAGUGAAGUUGUUUGUGGAUGAUAAACUUGAGAGGUAUAGGCACAGAUCUGAGGAAAACUCUCUGUAUGAGCUGCUAAAAUCAGCAGUUGAUAAAACUUUAAAGAGUGAGAAUGGAUGUCUGGAUCUGUUUCUGCGGUUCCUGCUGGGUAUCUCAUUGGAGUCCAGUCAGAGACUCUUACAAGAUCUACUGACACAUACAGAGAACAGCUCAAAUAGCAUCAAGACAAUCACACUGUACAUUAAAGACAAGAUCAAGACAGAAGACUAUAACAUGAAACUAUCAGAUGACCGCUCCAUCAAUCUGUUCCUCUGUCUGCUGGAAGUAAAAGAUCAGACUCUGUUCAGAGAGAUUCAGGAGUUUGUGAAAUCAGACAAACACUCAGAGAAGAAACUCUCUGCUGCUCACUGCUCAACAAUCACCUACUUGCUUCAGAUGUCAGAGGAGCCGCUGGAUGAGCUUGAUCUCAUGAAAUUCAACACAUCAGAUGAGGGAAGAGGAAGACUGAUACCAGCUGUGAUUAACUGCAGAAAAGCUCUAAUUGCAGGAUGUUGGUCUUUUGUUCAGCACUGUGAAACUGUGUGUUCAGCUUUACAAUCAUCAAAUUCCAAUCUGAGAGAGUUGGACCUGAAUGUAAAUGGCCUGACAGAUUCAGAAGUGAAGUUACUCUCUGAUGCCCUGAAGAGUCUAAACUGUCAGCUGGAGAUAUUGAGGCUACAUGGGUGUUAUCUCACUGCCAAUUCUUGUGACAGUCUUUCAUCAGCUCUACAAUCUUCAAACUGUAUCCUGAGAGAGCUGGACUUGAAUAACGAUGACCUGCAGGAUUCUGGAGUGAAGUUGCUUUCUCUUGGAUUGAAGAGUCCAAACUGUAAGAUAAAGAUACUAAGGAUUUCCUUAUGUAAUCUCACUGCUCAGUGUUGUGAGAGCUUGUCGUCAGUUCUACAAUCACCAAACUCUGUCCUGAGAGAGAUGGAUCUAAGUAACAAUGACCUCCAGGAUUCAGGAAUGAAGCUUCUUUGCGAUGGACUGAAAACUCCAAACUGCCAGCUGGAGAUACUGAGAUUUUCCUCAUGUAAUCUCACAGCUCAGUCCUGUAAGAGUUUGUCAUCAGUUUUACAAUCCCCAAACUGUGUCCUGAGAGAACUGGAUCUGAGUAACAAUGACCUCCAGGAUUCAGGAGUGAAGCUGCUCUCGAGUGGACUGAAAAGUCCAAAUUGUCAGCUGGAGAUACUGAGGUUGUCUGGCUGUAUGGUGACAGAGGAAGGCUGUGGUUACGUGUCUUCAGCUCUGAGUUCAAACCCCUCAUACAUGAGAGAGGUGGAUCUGAGCUACAAUCACCCAGGAGAUUUAGGAGUCAAGCUACUCUCUGAAAAACUCAAGACUCCCAACUUUAGUCUGGAGAAACUCAAUGUGAAUCAUGGAGGAGAAUCCAGGAUUAUAGCAGGACUGAAAAAAUAUGCCUGUUUUCUCACACUUGAUCCAAACACUGCAAACACUGCACUCAUUCUGUCUGAGGAGAACAGAAAAGUGGCCCGUGUGAGUGAGAAACAGCCGUAUCCUGAUCAUCCAGACAGAUUUGAUUAUUGGGAACAAGUGUUGUGUAGAGAGAGUGUGUGUGAACGCUGUUACUGGGAACUGGAGUGGAGUGGGAAUAAGGGUGUGUAUAUAUCAGUGUCAUAUAAGAGCAUCAGCAGGAAGGGAGGUUAUGAGUGUUUGUUUGGAAAUAAUGAUCAGUCCUGGAGUUUGAUCUGCUCUCCUGACAGAUAUUUAUUCAAACACAAUAACACAGAGACUGGUCUCCCUGUAGAGCCAAUCAGCAGUAGAACAGAUGUGUGUGAUGAUCACUAUAUAACAGGAGAGUGUGAUGAUGAUCACUAUAUAACAGGAGUGUUUGUGGAUCACAGUGCAGGAACUCUGUCCUUCUACAGCGUCUCUGACACAAUGAGCCUCAUCCACACAGUCCAGACUGCAUUCACUCGGCGGCUCUAUCCUGGGUUUAGGGUUGGUUUUGGAUCAUCAGUGAAACUGUGUUGAUGAAUCAGAAUAGACUGACGAGAGA